AUGCGCCAACAGCCUCAUCCUCGUGUGGCCCAGCGACCUCUGCGUGGUCACUUUCCGGUGAGUCCGGGGGCCUGCGCCUCUGCACAGCAGGAGCAGGAGCAGGAGCAGGAGCAGGAGCAGGAGCAGGAGGAGGAGUGGGCUCGGAGGCUUGUUGCUCCUCUUGGCUGCAGGUCGCAGGAGGUGAAGGAGCUGUGGCUCAGCGCCAUGCUCAGGCUGGCACCACACAAGGCCCUGGCUUGGUGCCCUCAGCUCCUGAGGAGGGACUUUGCCACUCGCCUGGUGAGCUGCAAAGAGCAGCUGAGCAGCCGCCUUCUCACCCAGCGCUCGAGAGCCGCUCAAAAGCAGCAGCCCCUGCUGCCUCCCCGGGCAGCACCUUGGCCAUGCCAAAAGCCAACUCGGCCGUUUUGCAGCCAGCUCACCUCCUGCUCUUGGAAGCUGACUUUUGCUUUCCUCUUGCUUGCAGCUCACGGGCCUACGAAAAGGAAGCGCUUGAUCCCGUGGCCGUUUGCUCGCAGGCGCACCUCGGUCAACGGGGACCGCCCAGGGCAGCCGGAGCCUGUCCUCAAGAGCCCUCUCUUUGGGCAGCCUCUGGCAAGGCUUUGCGGCAAAGACGAGAGCCUGCUCCAGCCAGUCCAGGAUCUCCUGGCCAUAUUGUACAGGGAAGGACCUGCCACCGAGGGCAUCUUCCGCAAAGCUGCCAGCGAGAAAGCUCGCAGGGAGCUGAAGGAGGCCCUCAACACAGGAGGCACCGUGGAGCUGGAAAGCCAGCCAGUGCACCUCUUGGCUGUCAUCCUGAAGGACUUCCUGCGCAACAUCCCCUCCACGCUCCUGUCGUCAGCCCUGUAUGAGAAGCGGAUGCUGGCUCUGGAGAAGCCAAGCAAGGAGCAACAGACUGAAGAACAGAAAGAGGUGGCCGACCAGCUGCCGCGGGCAAAUCGCCUCUUGCUCCAGGCCGUCCUUGCUGUGCUCCACCGCAUCAGCCAGAACGCGGAGACCAGCAGGAUGGGCUUCCGCAACCUGGCCAUCUGCGUUGGGCCCAACAUGCUGAGCCCAGGCAACGUCAGCACGCUGCUGCUGCAAGUGCUGAAGGAGGUGAACAACACAGUUUGCUGAACUCGCCAGCUAGCUGCCUGCUCAGGGCACA